AUGUCGCGCAUGUGGGAGGUCGAUCCAGAAACAAGGACAAAGCUCCUCCAAAUCUCCAAGACAAAUGGCAAUGAAAGAUGCUGCGAUUGCGGUGCGCCAUCACCUCAAUGGGCGUCCCCUAAGUUCGGAACUUUCAUCUGCCUCAACUGCGCUGGCACGCACCGCGGUCUCGGCGUGCACAUCUCCUUCGUCCGCUCAAUCACAAUGGACGCCUUCAAACACGCUGAGAUCCAACGCAUGGAACUAGGCGGUAACGAGCCCUGGAAAUCCUUCUAUGACGCACACGAGGUAACCGUGUCCGAGGGCCGAACAUUCGAGGACUCAACCAUUAAAGAGCGAUACGAAGGCGACGCAGGCGAGGAGUGGAAAGAGCGACUAUCCUGCAAGGUUGAAGGCAAAGAAUAUGUCCUGGGACAAGAGAAGAAGAACAAUAAUGCUACUGCGUCACGGUCUAGCACACCGAUGAGUGUUGGGACGGGCGGUGUUGCACCAGGCAGGACAGGGUCCCCUGCUACCACGGGUGGGAUGUCGAGGACGAGUAGUCUGAGAGCUGGUGGUGGUGGUGGUGGUGCGCCGACGAAGAAGGAGCAGAAUGAGGCAUACUUUGCCAAGCUGGGUAAUGAUAAUGCGACUCGCGCUGAUAAUCUGCCUCCUUCGCAAGGUGGGAAGUUUACUGGGUUUGGGGGUGGAUUGCCGCCUUCGACAUCCUCUGCUGGGGAUCGCCGGUCGUCGCCGUUUGGAGGAUUCGGUGGGUUUGGUGGAAACGCUGCAGAGGAUUUCCAGAAGGAUCCUAUGGCUUCCAUUACGAAGGGAUUCGGAUGGUUUGCAUCUGCUGUGGGCAAGAGCGCGAAGACAGUGCACGACUCAUAUGUUCAACCGACCGCGAAGCAGCUUGCCGAGUCCGAAUUUGCGGCUCAGGCCCGUGUACAGGCCGCUAACUGGGGCCAGAACCUACAAGCUGGUGCCCGCGGUGCAGCAGAUCAAUUCAACCGUUUCGUUGAAGGAGAAGACGGUAGACCAGCCGGUCAAGCCUCUCAAGGCCGUGUUGAUCCCGAACGCCGAGAUUUCUGGGACGACCUCUCCUCCCUUGGUGCAGAGCAGAAAGGUCAUCGACGGGGAGGUUCUCGAUCUGACGUUGUUGGCACAGCAGCUAUGCGGAAGAUGCCUGGGUCAGGUUCUUCAUUGGCUAACUCUACCACGGCUGGUGCUGAGACAUCUACCGCUCCGUCUGGACUAGAGCAUACGGAGAGUGCCCCAGCGUCAAAUGCUAAGGGCAAGGAUGAAUGGGAUGAUAAUUGGUAA